CUCGAACCUGCUGUUGCAAUUUUUUAUUAACAGACUAGUUAAUAAAUUAAUCUAAUUUUUCUGAAUAAACAGAGAGUAAAAUGACGUUGUAUCAUUUUGGAAAUUGUGUAGCACUGGUAUAUGUACCUUAUUACCUUACCUAUAAGUAUUCGGGACUUUCGGAAUAUGGAGCAUUUUGGAAAUGCAUUCAGGCAGGAGGCAUUUACAUUUUCACGCAACUAUGCAAAAUGCUGGUGUUAGCGACAUUCUUUGACUCUGAUACGAUAAAUGGAUCUGGCGAGGGUUUCUGUUUCCUGGCGGAGUUUCUAAAGGGUACUGUUAAUGUCGCAGACCUACUUGGGUUCGCUUUAAUACUCUCACGCAUACCUGGCAAGGGACAUAGUAAAUUAAUUACAACCGGCUUAGGGUGGGCUGCUGCCGAAGUUAUACUUUCACGUGGUAUUAUGCUUUGGGUAGGUGCACGUGGCACCGAAUUCAGCUGGAUUUAUAUACUGAAAUGUCUGGAGUCGAAUGUUCUGCUGGUGCAGCAUAUUACUACAGCAACGCUUAUGUGGCUUUUCUCUAGACAUGAUCUUAACAAAACAUUGAAGCCUUUAGUGACUAUACUAUUGGCUUUGACAAUCUUCAAAGGCGUUUGGCUAGAAGGUCUCCUGAGUGUGCUAACAUUUGGCCCAUGGGCCACUAUUGCCAUAAAGGCACUAAUUGCUUCCAUAAUGGGCUUUAUAUCACUGCAUGUUUAUACAGGAUUAGCACAACAAAUAGGCAUUUAAGUUAUUUCAAGGUAUACAGUUGACAUUCGUUGUACUAACACUACGUAGAAGUAACUUAAAUCUAAAAACUAAAGUUUUUAGCAGAAAAUUUUAAUAUUAGUUAAUAAAAGGUAUUUGCUUACCCAUGGCAAAAGAGAAAAAUU